CACCUCGCGACGCGAACACCGCGGCUACCAUACAUUAAGCUGUAUGUGGAAGAUCGUUUCCCCGUCGACAUGUUUCCUCUAACAAUACCUGAACUUGAACCACCUUAUCGCUAACCACACUGGGGUCGCUACGCAUUUAAACAAGAGGGAAGUACUAUUCGACGGUGGAAAAGACUUUGACACAACAGCGGCUCGCACACGCCGUACACACAGAGCUGGCAGCAGAGCAAAGUGAGGCGAAGAAGGUUUGCUGUUUCCUGAAAAGGUCACAAUUUUAGCCAUUACUGAAUUUGUCUUCUGAUGAAUGUGGAAAUGCAAAGACUGUGGUACAUCUGUUUCACGAAGAUCUGAGCUACUUAAACAUUAUAAGCUUGAACACAGACAUUAUGGACGUCACCAUUCCUAUCGCUGCAUCUAUUUCAACUGUCCAUGUACCUGCAAGACUUGGAAUGCACUUUUGAGCCACUUGUCAAGAUGUCAUCAGCAAUAUUCACAAACGGAACUUACCACAUUUAAAUGUCUUUUAUGCAGUUGCAAUCAACGUUCAAAUUUAAAAGACUAUUUUCAACAUAUAGCGCAGCACCUGAACAACAGUGAAACGGUAGUUUGUGUGUUUCAGGGGUGUUCUUACAAAACAAAUGUUUAUGGCUCGUUCCGAACUCACAGAAGCAGAAAUCAUAAGGAUUGUUCUGAAACUGACCUAAAGCCUGAAGUAGUUGAGAAAAAAGGGUCAAGUGUAAAUCUUUCUGCUGAAAGUCAUUGUAGCAGUAUCCAAAUUGAUAGUGUUGGUACUGAGCCCUUAGAUGAAUUAAGUACAGAUGACUUGGGUGAUUCCAGUUUUGAUGUGCAGGAUUUAAAUGACUUGACAUGUAAUGUUGAGCUCAAAGUUGCCUCUCUUCUACUAAAGCUAGAACAUGUUUAUCUUGUUUCUAGUGUGGCCGUUGAUGAACUUUUGCAAGAGUUUGACUAUUUAAUAGGCGCUGCUUCUGUCCCUCUUAUCCAUCAAACCUUAGCUCAGCACUUACAGAAUGGUAACUGUCAAGUAGAUGAAACUAUUCUGCAAGACCUAGCAUCUACUCUCUCUAAGUCAAAUCCAAUCACUGCUUCUUGUAGUGGCCGUGGCCCUCUUUCCACUGCCUGGAAGCGAAAGACUUACUACAAAAAACAUUUUAAUAUUGUAGAAUCUGUAGAAUUUUUGCUCGACUCACAAAACAAAAAAUCAUUUCAGUAUAUUUCUAUUCUAAAAUCUUUACAGCAGAUUCUAAGUUGUGAAACUUUUUUGGACAAAGCAACUAAUUUAAAAUCUUCAUAUCAAAUUCAAUCUGAUAAAAUUCUGUACAAGUCUUUUUAUGAUGGUAGUAAUUACAGAGAAAAUUUGCCGUUGUCAAAGGAGUGUGCUAUUUCACUUAUUUUAUAUGUAGAUGAUUUUGAAAUAUGUAAUCCCCUUGGUACCUCCAGAAAAAAAACAUAAAAUUUGUGGUGUUUAUUGGGCAUUGGGGAACUUGCCUGCUAGUUGUCACUCAUCGCUUUCUAAUAUAUAUUUAGCUGCACUUAUUCAUACUGAGGAUGUUAAGUGCUAUGGAUUUGACAGUGUUUUGAAGCCCUUAGUAGAUGAUCUUAUUAUAUUAGAACAACAAGGACUGUUCAUUGCCAAGUUGGGGAAAUCUCUGAAAGGCUUUGUUCAUUGUGUAGUAGCAGACAAUCUCGGAGCCCAUGGUAUUGCAGGUUUUGUGGAAAGUUUUGCAGGUAAAUAUGUCUGCAGAUUUUGUACAGCAGAAAAUGUAGACAUUCAAACAACAGAAGUCAAGUCUGGAGCAUUUUGUGUAAGAAGCAAGGAUAUCCAUACUGCUCAUCUUAAAGUUAUUGAAGAAAAUUCACUGGCUAGUCAUUUUGGUGUUAAAAGGAAGUGUACGCUGUCAGAAAAUCUGUCAUAUUUCUGUGUGACGCAGAGUUUCCCCCCAGAUAUAGCUCAUGAUCUGUUUGAAGGAAUUAUCCCUGCUGAGAUUGCUCUUUGUCUUACUGUGUUAAUUUCAAAAAAAUAUUUCACGUUAGCCAAUUUAAAUGAAGCAAUAACAACAUUUCCAUUUAAGUGGACCGAUAAGACAAACCGUCCCCAUCUUGUGCCCCUCACCUACGCUGCAAAGACAACAAUUGGAGGAAAUGCACACGAGAAUUGGAGCCUGUUGAGAUUUCUUCCUUUCUUGAUCGGGACCAGAGUUCCUUCAAACGAACCAGCCUGGCAAGUCCUCUGUGAAUUAAAGGACAUUGUAGAACUGGUUGUUGCACCUUUUCACACGGAGGACUCUAUUUGUUAUCUUGACUUUAAGAUAUCUGAACACAGGACAGUAUUCCAAGAAGUUUUCCCUGAUCAAAGAAUUCGGCCCAAACAUCAUUACUUGGAGCAUUAUCCAGGGUUAAUACGCCAGUUCGGACCCCUUGUUGCACUAUGGACUAUGAGAUUUGAAGCAAAACAUAGCUUCUUUAAAAGAGUAAUUCGUCAUACAAACUGUUACAAAAAUGUACUGUAUUCAUUAGCUCAAAGGCACCAAUUUCAGACUGCAUAUAAUCUGCACGUGUCGAUUUUUUAAGCCAUCUUUGGAGGUUUCUGAUGUUUCAACACUUCCCCUUGAUGUUAUUAAUGAGGACAUUGCAUUGGCAGUAAAGCAAAGACAUCAACACAUGGACACUGUGAACCUUGCAAAAAGUGCAACCUAUGAUGGCUUCAACUACAAGAUUGGAAUGGUGGUAGCCCAUGGGUCGCUGGCUGGACUUCCAGAGUUCUGGGAAAUAGUUCAUAUGAUUGUUCUACAGGAGAGACUCAUUUUCAUUGUCAAAAAAUGGGAUGCCUGGUACCUGGAACAUUACAGAGCUUAUGACUUAGUCAUAUCUACUGCUAGGGAACUAAGUCUUGUUGGGGUGCAUGAACUGACAGAUCCCUACCCUCUGGCUCACUACAUGGUUGAUGGACGGCGCCUCAUCUCUCUGAAGAGAUACAUACAUGCAUAAGAUUCUUUUUGAUGGGCUGACAUGGCAGUGAAAAGGCCAGCCAAGUUGCGGGUUGUUUUGAAUCCUGAUGACACCAGGAAGCUAAUUCUGCCUGAUGGAAUUCCAGAGACAAUGGAGCAGCUUAUGGAUGAAGUCCGGAAAGUGUGUGGGUUUAAUGGUAAUUUCAGACUGCAGUACCAAGACAGAGACUUUGGAGAUGCGCUAGUGAACUUGACAUCUACUGUUGAACUUGAGGACUUGGCAACUGUCAAGGUCAUCCCAAUAAUUGAUGAUUGCAGCCAAGGACUUAAUCUUACUGUCUGUGAUGAUUUGUCAACUCAAUCAGAUGACACAGAGCUCCUUUCCACACCCUCCAGCUCUGUCUCUACAAGAACUCAGAUGUGGCCAAGAGAGUUUCCGAUACCAACGUUCUCCUAUGACACUGAACUGCAGUUAGAGAAGGGGAAUGUGGUGUAUAGGUCAAACAUGACAAGGUUGACACCUAGUUCAAAAACAAAAUCUGAUAUUCUGGAAAAGGUAGCUGAAGAGAUAUUCAAGUACAAGGCCUACCCAACAGAUUCUGACUUCAGUGAUGUUGCCGAAGCACUUAUCAAGAAGCAUCCAUGUCUCUCUGAACCUGGUUCAUACAACGGUUGUUACGGGUGGAAGCAGCGGUUGAAGACCAAAAUGGGCAACUACCGAACUCAGUUGAAGGGCAUUGGGUGUUCUGAAUUACUUGCAAAUUCACUUAAGUCCAAAGCUCCAGAGGAUGCAUUGCCAGCAAAAAAAGUAAAGAGAUCUAAGAGAGGAGAGGCCAACCACAUACCUGACAUUCCAACUGGAGAGACCCCAGACAAGUUGGAAAAGGAGAGACUGUUACUUCUAAGUGAGGUGAUGAAACGAAACAACCGUGCACUGAUAAAGGACAAAAUGGCCAAGACGUUUUCACUGCGGAGACAUGAAAUUGUGGAGAAGGAAUUAGGAGUGGAGGAGUUAAAAGUCAGAUGGCCCGCAUUGUUCUCAAUGGAUGAGAUCAAUGCUGAAUUCAUGAGGAUUACAACGGUUCCUCUUCAACCGCGGUUCCUGGCUUCCUUGGACAAGCACCACAGCAAGCUGAUUGAUAUCAUCAGAAACAAGGGAGGAACUGUCAGAGAGAAGACCUGGAACAUACUGAGAGUUUUGGAUCAGAGUCUUGAGGUAAAUCUAAAGAGGGAGUGCCUGCUGAAGUCUCUUAUUGUGUACCUUGGGGAGGAUGUGGACAAACUUAUCAAGGAAUAUCUGGUUGUUCAGAAGGACCAAGGUGAAACAGAGCUCGAGAGGUGUACAAUGGCAGUGUUUGUUAUAAGGGAGGAGGAGGAUCCUCUCCAGCCACCACAGGAUGUUGGGGUUGUAAUAGAAGGUGUGGAAGUCCUUAACAAGCUGCCAUCAGUUACACAUGCAUGUGCCAUGUUAUUUGGCCUCAUCUACGCUUUAAACUUGAGCUAUCCAGGUGAGCUCAAAUACACUUUUGAUGCGCUGCAGAAAAUCUUCAUGGAGAUUGAACCAAAGACAAUGAGACGCAGAGUGUGCAGUCUGAGUGUCAAGCUCUAAAUAAUGGAUUAUUCGAAGAAACAUUUGGAUGCAGCAUGUUUUUGUUCUGUGUUCUAGCUUGUAUUCAAAAACCUAGCAGGAGAAUGAAAGGGGUCAUUGUUAAAUGUAAAUAAGAGACACAUACUUCAAUUGAACAGCCUUACUCUAAUUUUUUUGUGGAAACCCAUGUCUGGUAACACUGUCAGAGUGUGGUUAUGGUGGAGUUGUGUCAAGUUUAAAAAAAAAGUUGAACAAAUUGAGAAAUACAAUUUUUUUUCUGUAAACGGUGAAGGAAAAAGUAGACUUGCAUGGAAAACAUCACUUUGUGUGGUGAGUGUUAAUUUCUAAAAUGUCUUCUGGUACAAAAGACAAAACGAUUGCAAUCUGUUUUCAAGUGUCAGAAGCCUUGUUGGGUUUUAGAGAAUAGUAAAAGCUAAUGUGGACAGUGGUAAUAUGCAGCAAUUAUAAGAACAUGACUGCUGCUGUUCAUAGUUUGCACCCCCAGCACGUCAACUGUAUUUUCUGUUUUUUUUGGUCUCUUGUUACAUUUGUAAUAGUUCAAAAUGAUGUGACAUUCAUACAUUAUAGUCCUUUUUAUAGAUGGAUUGCCACGUUUUAGCACGGUUAGAAAGUAUUUUUCCUAGGGUUGGGCAUCAUUUGGAUUUUAACGAUUCUGAUUCAGAUUCUUCCUUUCGAUUCUGGUUCUUAUCGAU